AUGGCCCCUGGUAUUAUUUCUCCCGUCCCGGGCACUCCCCUCUCUCCGCUUUACAACGGCUUCGGCGGUUCGCGCCAGGUCUCCAGCGCCUCUGUGAUGUUUGAGAGCGACAGCAUUUCGCAGAACGGCCGCUCUUCGCGCCGCGAGUUUUUCAUGCCCCGCAAGUUCAAUGGGCUUGGCAACUCCAACAUCACCAGCGUCGUGCAGUCUUUGUACCGCCGCAGCGGUGAUGAGCUCGGCACCAGUGCCUCUGCGCGUCUCUUGACCUGCACCCACCAGUCGAUCCUGGAAUGGAUCCGUCACCAGCGCAUGAGCCACCUUCCCCCCGAAGGUAGCAGCUAUGACAAGGUGCUCGGCUGGGCGCAGCUCUUCGUUGAGCGCCUGCACUCUUUCGAGGUGAAUAUCCAGAAGUUUGCUGGCGACAGCUACCUUGCUGCUCAGCUGUCUUAUGGCUACUGCGACAUGCUUCUCCAGCUUGGCAAGGAGAACGCCGCCGCCCUGAUGAUUUCCUUCGGAUUCUUCUACAGCACCUCCCUGACCCUGGUCAACCUGCUGGAGCGCACUGAGCUUUUCGAUGUCUCCCAGGAGAUCAAGGAGCAGCUCAUUCUGGCUCUGUCUGACCUGGUUACUCUGGUUGCCAGUGUCUCCACCCACUUCCACCAGGUCAUCAACGACCAGGCCUCCGGCUCGAUCUCGGUCGACAUCUACAACACUUUCCCUGGUCAGAUCAACUCUUUCAAGGACCGCUGCGAGAAGAUCGCCGAGUCCAUGUGGCGCCACCAGCUGACCAAGGAGGGCGUCGAUGCUGAAAAGGUCUUAGUCGUCAAGUCCGUCAAGUCCUGGCUCGCCCCCGAGGACCGUGUUCUGAGCCACCUGGCUGAGAACACCUCCCAUCUUGCCCAUGAGCGUGAGGAGAUGACCUGCCUGUGGAUGGCUCCCUACCUGACCCACUUCCUGAAGAGCGACAAGUCUACCCUGUCGUUCACUGGUAAGCCGGGAUCUGGUAAGACCGUCCUGGCUUCCGUUAUUGUCGACCGUCUGCAGGACCCCAUUGGUGGUGUUACCUACAAGACUAUCUUCGUUCCCAUCAACGCCCGCAUCCCUGCUGAGACUCACCCGAUCGCCAUCGCGAAGACUAUCCUCUCCCAGCUCUUCGAGAAGCGCAUUGGAAACGUUGGAUUGCUGCAAAUACUGGGUGACGCUUACGAGCGUAGCCGCAAGGCCACCACCAACGAGGACUACGAGAACAUACUGUGGACUGCUCUCGAGCGCGCCCUUGGUGCUGCUCUGCGCAAUGCUAAGGAGCUGGUCAUCGUUGUCGAUGGCCUUGACGAGGCUCAGUUCGGCGAGUCUGCUCUGCUGAAGAAGCUGACUACCGCUACUGCCAAUGCCACUAAGGUCAAACUGAUCACGCUUGGCUCCGAGAAGCCCAGCGGGACCAACAACCUGCUCCACGUUCCCAUCACCGAGGACCGCAUUGCCGAUGAUAUCUCCAUUGUCGUCCGUGCCAACUUCGAGCACAGCAAGGUCUUCCAGCAGAUGCCCGAGAUGGAGCAGGAAACCGUCAUUGACAAGAUCUCCGAGGCCUCCCAGGGCUCCUUCCUUUGGGCUAAGCUCUGCUCCAAGCGUGCUCGCAACGAGUCUUCCCCGGAGAACCUGACCAAAGCCGUGGACACCGUCAUCAGCAGCAAGAUCUCCGUCAGUGACUUCGUCCUUCACUCUCUGUCCAACCCGGAUAUCAGCGAGGAUGCUAAGCACAUGCUGCUGUGGCUCGCUACUGCAGACCGUCCUCUGCAGGUCCGCGAGCUUGCUGCUCUGAGCCAGGUUCAGCCCGAGAAAUUCACCGUGGCCGACCGCAAGAUUGAGCCCCUGCCAACCUUGAAGCCCCUCAACUCUCUGGUCUUCCUUCAGGAUGGUCAGGUCUACCUGCGCCACGGUCUGAUCCGCACUGCUGUCUUGGAUGUCUUCUCCAAGGGCAAGCUGACCCCCACCAUCAAGGACCGUCACGCUGAUUUCGUCACCCGUCUGCUGGUUUACAUCAAGAGCACUGUCCCUGAGCAGCAUGAGCCCACUCUGACUCCUCUGGACCGCCAAGACACCCACCUUUUGGUGCAGCGCUACCCUCUUUUGGACUUUGCCGUGCGCUACUGGCCUCGCCAUCUCACCCAGACCACCACCUACAGUACCGGUGGUGAUGCGCCCACCGCCAAGGAGUACAGCAAGAUCUUCCCUGCCAACAUCACUCUUGUUCUUCUCCAGAACACCCUGUGGCAGUACAUCUCGACCCCGACUCUGCUCACCUACUACACCACUGUCACAAACCUGUGCCGUCACAUUCUGACCACCAACAGCCCGGUGACUCUGCAGUCGCUCAUUACUCUGGCAUUCUUCAACCGUGAUAUCGGCCGCUUCCCCGAGGCCACCACUUUGUUCUAUGAGUUGACCACCGUCAGCAAGACUCUGCUGACUACCAAGUCGCUGAUCACCAUGAAGAUCGCCUCCCUGUUCAUCGAGCUGACCACUGAGAGCGUCACCACCUCCAAGACUGAUAUCAUGGUCCGGCGCGAGGAGAUCCUUCAGCUGCUGAUUGAGACCUACAAGAUCCACUACGGUCAGACUUCGGAGCGCGUGGUCACCACCAUGAACACCCUGAUCGAGCACUACCGCCUGACCAAGGAAGAGAAGAAGCUUCAGGAGCUUACUAUCACUCUCAAGGGCAUCACCACUGUUGACACUGGCUACGAGAACGAGUCCCGCGGUGAUCUUCACGUUCACCUGAAGCACCAAAAGCGCCAGGACAGCGACUUCGGCAUCCGCUUCGUUCUGGAUGCUGAGCAGGACGAGCGCGAGUCCGACUCCUUCGACUUCCAGGCCCUGAUCCAGCUUGCCCAGAAGUACACUGCCGAGGGCAAGGUUGCCGAGGCUGAGCGUGUGUACGUCGAGAUCUGGCAGCGUGCUAGCAAGGAGUGCCGCGCACAGUACUCUGCUCAAUGGGAGGAGAUCAAGCUGCAGGCCGUCACUGAGUACUCGCAGUUCCUGCAUACUCAGAAGCGCGAGACUGAGGCUUCCUCGAUCCUGUCCAGCGUUUGGGAGGAGUACCGCCACUCUAGCCUGUCGCUGUCCGAGUCGACCACCAAGCACUUCCACCAGAUUGCCAAGGUGAUGUCUGCCGUUGGCCUGACCACUGCUGCUCUGUCUAUCUUCAAGCAGUGCUCCCACUACUACCAGAGCACCAACAGCACCCAGUCCUCGUCGUACUCUGAGCUUCAGCAGAGCAUCAGCUCCACCUCCCACCAGGUGAUGAAGCAGGCUAGCUCCUCGUCCUCUUCUGUCACCUCCGAGGAGACUCUGGAGGAGAUUGUCUACGAGGCAGCCUCUUCCAUCUCUAAGAUUGACGAGAGCUCUUUCACUGCCACCAGCACCCUGAUUGAGCGCUUCGUCAGCCAGCACCGCUGGAAGGAUGCUACUCGCGUUUCCAAGAAGGUUCUCCAGGGUCUGUGGCCUUCUCUGUUUGCUCCCUCUAUCCAGGAUGUGACACUGCCUUCCAAGCAUGUUGAGAAGUGUGUCGACCUUGCUGAGCGCCUCAGUCAGUUCUACCACUUCCGCCGCCGCUUCCCUCGUGAAGAGAACAUCCGCAUCCGCGUCUACCGUGCUGUUCGCAGCGGCCGCCCUGUUGAUGACAAGCUGCGUGAGCGUGUCACCACUGAGUUGAUUCGCUUCUACGAGCGCUCCAAGCAGCCUGACAACGUGAUCAACAUCCGCCAGGAGAUCCUUGAUGACCAGGUCAAGCACUACGGUCCCGAGCACCCCGUUGUCAUCAAGACCCUCCGGACUCUUGCUGAGCUCACUCGUCCUCGUCCCAUCUUCGUCGAGUACUACCAGCGCAUCAUCAAGGCCCUCAACAAGGACGCCCCCGUCUGCAAGCCCGAGGCUCUAGAGCCACUUGUUAUCGUGACUUCCGAGCUCUGGAUCCAGAGCCGCUACUCCGAGGCUGUGCCUUUCUUCACUCUGCUGUUCACCACCUUCCUGGACCAGCCCAAGUCUCCUCGUUUCCAGGACACUACCUUCGUUCAGGAAAUCUUCGAGCACUACACUCACGUCCUGCGUACGGUUCGCACUGAGUACUCUGUGAUCCACAAGGUCACCAUGGACUUCCAGACCAAGGUCAAGGCCGUCUUCGGUGCCACUGCCAGCAUCACUAUCCAAGCUACCCUGACCCUCGCCAAGGUCUGCCAGGAGUCCAAGCGCUAUGAGACUGAUGCCAUCAACCUGUAUGAGGAGCUGCUCAAGAUCAACUCCACCGAGAUCGACCGCGAGGAUAUCUCUGCCACUCUUGACGGCAUCUACGAGGAGCAGACUGCCGUUCUCCUCCACAAGUCGGAGAAUGUGUCGUCCAGCCAGGUUGAGCGUGCCUCCAAGAUUCUGCGCAAGCGUAUCACUACCGUCCGUGAGUCUCACGGCUGGGCUCACGAGGAGUCUCUGUCCAAGCUGAAGGAGAUUGUGUCAUUCCACUCCAAGCACAGCGAGAGCUCUGCCAUCAGCAAGGAGCUGAAGGAAUCUACCGUCAAUAUCCUGACCCAGGAGAAGUCUUCCACUCGCCUGGUCUCUGCUGCUAUCGCCAUCGCAUCCAGCUACAUCGAGACCAACCAGGUUUCCAAGGCUACUGAGAUGUCUGAGGAGCUGUACCGCCAGGUAGUCAUGAAGGACACCUCCAACUCCAAGAGCUCGCAGUUCGAUGUCUCCAAGCAGGGUCGCCAGAGCCUCGUCUUCCUGGCCCAGCUGGAGCACAGUCUGCGUAAGAGCACUUCCUCCAUCACGGAGAUCCUGGCCUCACUCACCACCGAGUACGUCUACUUCGAGGAGUUCCGCAGCCUGACCACCUCCAAGAGCAGCUCUUUCCAUUCUGUCUCUAUCUCGGCCUCGCGUCUGUACCAGUUCCUGAUCCGCAGCAACCGCUCUGCCGCUGCCAACCGCGUCUUCGAUGACUUCGUCGCUUACUUCAUCUCCACCGAGGGAAAGCGCACAAAGUUGACCGAUGCCAACCAGGUCAAGAUUUUCCUGCUGACCAUUGUGGACCACUUCCACACCUACACCUCCUCCAACUUCGUCCGCUCGGUUGGUAUUGCCAGCAACUCCCGCGUUCUGGAGCUCCUACAGGCUCAGCGCUACGACGAGGCCUCCAACCUCGCUUUGGCUGCCUUCCAGUACAUCUCGGCCGAUAAGAGCUUCGGCACUCCCGCCAUCGUCAAGUUCGUCUUCACCCUGGGUAUCUUCAUCACUGGUCGCACCAGCCACCCUCAACCCGACCAGGCCACACAGAAGAAGCUGGCCGGUGUCUCUGCUGUCAUCAUCCAGGAGGUCCUGCGUGUCAUCAGCGACCUGAAGAUCAACCUGGCCCAGAUCAGCCUGGACUACCUCAACAUUCUGAUCGGCCUGCUUGGCGAGCAGAAGGAAUACAAGAAUCUUGUCUGGCUGCUGUCCGGCCUCUGGGCCAACCGCAAUGUCCAGAACUGGUCUUCUACCGUCACUCUGGGACUUGCCCGCCGCUACAUCCUGGCUCGCUACCUGGUCGGCGAUGCCCUCAAGGCUGCCCGUCUCGCCGAGGAUAUCGUCUACAACUGCCGCCGUGUUAACGGUGCUCGCCACACCAGCACCCUGGAGAUGUCCACUCUUCUUUCCCAGCUGUACACUGGCAUUGCCCAGCGCUACCAGGCUGAGAAGGGUGGUCAGCACAUGGCCAACAAGUACUACAAGAAGAGCGCCGGUGUUCACGAGAACCUGCUCCGCAUCCUGAUUGAUCCCUCAUUCGCCGAGUUCGAGGCUGGUCUCGACGGCUCCCUGAGCAUGGACGGCUCCGCAUACGACCUCGACAUCAGCGACUCGGCCAACGGCAACACCCUCCCCGAGGGCGAGCACGUCCGCCAGCACCUCAAUCUGCUCAAGUUGGCUGUCCAGCGUCUGGGUGACUGGCCCAAGGAUUACGAGGAGUACAAGCGCCUCAACGAUGAGGUUUUCCUCGAGUUCGGUGCCGACCUCCUGGGCGUCGAGGGCGUCGAGGGCGUCGACAAGUGGGAUCCGAAGAAGUUUGGGGGCGGGAAGGCUCAGGGAAGUGAGGACACCCUCAACACCGAGAUCGAGUCCUGGGAAUUGGAUCUCGGACAGAACGGUGAAGAGGUCGAGGAGGAGCUGUAA